AUGCAGCUUGUUGUCUGUCGUAACUUGAGGGGUAACCUCGUUGAUUGGUCGUCCCUUCCACCCGAACUGCUGAUGGAGAUAGUUCCUUACUUACAAUCCAUAGAAGAUUUCAUGGCAUUCCGAGGUGUGUGUACUUCUUGGCGAGUCAAUGUUGCCGUUGAUAAAUUCUUGACUCCCUUGUCUCCAAGAAUUCCGCUCCUUAUGCUUGCAACAAAAGGAAUAGCGACGAAUGUAUCGAACAAUGUCUUUCCUUCCACACACGUGAAUUUCUACAAUGGUAGAUUCUACAUUAUGGAUCCCUGGAUAAAUAUGUGGGUUUGGGAUGGUAAUUUGCCGCCCGUUGUACACCUUUGUUUUUCCUCAAUGAUCACCCUACCUCAUCAAAUAUUCCACAUGUAUUUGGUGAAAUCGUCAUCCUCAUUAGAUGGAGGUCAAGGAAAGUUACUGUUUGUUAUACGCCUCCAUCAAUCCCCCAAUCGUCGCGAUCGAGUUUUUGUGGUUGGAUCGGAUACAGUGAACAAUGCUUUCAAGCUCAUUGAUCAUGUAGGAGGAGAUGCCAUAUUUGUGGGAUACAAUGCUGCUGUUUCGUAUUCAGAGGCAGAAGCAAGGGAAUUGGAAUUGAAGGGAGUUGAACAAUACCUCCCUCCGCCCUUUAAAGUUGAUUCAGUUCAUGGAGUUGACCAUUUCCUGAACCCACCCUUGUGGAUUUCUUCUGGCCCUUAG